AUGGUUUUUGCUGUCUGUUUGUGCGCUGGUAGAAGACGGCUGUUUCUUUCGAUGGGUUUCGGCUUCUGUAGCGAAGUUUCACAGUUUCUAAUCGUCCUGAGGGAGCGAGUCGAAAAACGCGAAGCAGAAAAACUGGUGAAACACGUCAUCAAAUCAGCAGUUAAGCUGGGAGUGUUACGGCGACACUCGCAGCUGUCCGCAGCGGACGACCGAGCCCUUGAAGCUUUCAGAUCCAAAUUCCACACCGUGUUGAUGGCGGUGGUGUCUUUCUGUGAAGUGGAAUUUUCGUACGACCGCGGCUUCCUGCAGGACGCGCUGCGCGAUUCACACCAGUCGCUCAAGUCGGUUGUAGAACGUCACCUCUCAGACAAGUCUGUGUCCAGGCUCGCUGGAGUGUUCGCUCUCGCAUCCCGAGGUGAGUUGCUCGAUUCGCUCUUCUCCGGCCAAGUUGACGAGGACGUCCUCAAACUGUCGAGGAUGCUACGCAAGGAACUCGAUCGGGGCCUGCUUUAAUCCAACUGAUGUGGAAGUCGUGUGCCGUCCUACUCCAAACCGCAGUGUGCUUAGAACGAGAUUUUUUUUAACUUUCUCGAUAGCGUAUAAGUUAACGCAAAUAUGUAUGGCAUUGGAACAGCGCCUCUAGCGACAAACGUAGGCAAACGUUCCAACCCCAUAUGAACUUGAGUCAAGGGCGGAUCCAGCUUUGGCGCCAG